AUGUCUGAUAGUUAUAAUGAUAUGAACAACGAGUAUCUGGAUGAUUCUGAUCAGUCAGAAUACGCUACCAGUGAUUGGUCCACUGCAAACGAUUCUAUAGAAAUACAGCGGAAGUUUAUGCAUUUCAUUAAAAUGUGCGAUAUUUCGUCGAUUAAAAAUUUAAUAGAGAGCAAUUACGAUUUAGAUUUAAAUUGCAAAAACUACCAAGGAAUGACCGGUUUGAAUUUGGCCGUGCAGGUAGACUGCGAACAAAUGGUGGACUUUUUACUGUCCCAACCAGGACUCGAGACAGGGGACGCCCUGAUGUACGCUAUACGUGAAAAUAAUUAUUCAAUAGUCGUCAAGCUGUUAGACGUGCUCCAAGCAAAAAACCAGGAAAAGGCGCAGCUUGGUUAUGAUAAUUCCGUCGAGUUUCCAUCACACCUCACGCCACUCAUGCUAGCGGCCCAGUGUGGGCAUUAUAAAAUCAUCGAACUGUUGUUGAAACGUGGCCACACAAUACCGACGCCCCACGAACCACAGUGCUUUUGUAAAGAAGUUAGUUAUAACUUGGGUUGGGCUAGCGCGAUAUUUAAUUUGUCAUGGUGUAAUCUCGGCUCUUGUCUGUUAACACAAUAUAGGUAUGCAAAUCGUCGACCCGGCUCAAUAACGGACUCGGAGCAACGGAACUGAAACUCUCGGUGUUCCGAGCUCUGACCGACCCUACGUAUAUUUCGUUGACGUCGAAAGACCCAAUAUUAACAGCUUUCCAGCUAAGCAAUAGGCUCCGGAAACACGGCAACGUAGACCACGUAUUCAAGUCUGAUUACAAAUCGCUGGAUUUUCAGACUAGGAUGUUUGCCGUCCGCAUGAUUGGCCUGUGUCGAUCGUCCACCGAGGUGGAACUGGUAUUAACUCAACAAGAGGGGUGUAAUAUUUUUGGUUCAUUUCCGUACCACAGACUGGUGAUGGCUGUGGAUUUAAAACAAAAGGAGUUCGUGGCCCACGCGUACGUGCAGCAGACAUUGGAAACGGUUUGGGCCGGCGACUGGUACGCAUGGAGGCGAUAUGGAUUGAAACUUAAAUGUUGCUUAGUGUUCUUGCGGAUAUUCGUAUUGCCGUUAAUAGUGUUUUUGUAUAUAUUCAUGCCGUAUUCUAAGUGGACCCAACAUUACAUGUUGCCCGUGAAUCAGAUGCUUAACUAUUUGGCGUCGUACUCAGUAUUUUUGACGGUACUCACGUAUGAAAAUAAUUUCAACAAGAUUAAGUUUACGGGAGACAGCCUGUGUUGGAUUUCGAAACUUAUCUUAGUCCUUUACGUGGUGUCCUUUACAAUCCGCGCGGUGAAUCAUAUUUUAGUACAAGGGCCGAAACUUUACUUCAGUAUGCCGUGGAACGUUUACAAUUGCGUGCAGUUGAUCAUACUUAUCACAACCUUAAUUUAUUGGUGGUUGCUGUACACAAGUACGUUCGCGCGGACGACCGACCACGACAGCAAUAACUACGUUGGAAAACCGAUAGAACGGAAAUAUUGGCGAUCGUUGGACCCGGUCUUGGUCGCCGAGGGUCUGCUGGCCGUGGCCACGGUGAUGUCGUACUUGCAGCUGAUGUUCCUGUACCAGCUAAAUUACACCCUGGGCCCUAUGUAUGUGUGCCUGCGUAAGAUGAUAACCUACUUUGAACGGUUCGCUGUACUGCACGGUGUAAUUAUAUUGGCGUUCACCGCCGGUCUGUGCCGAUUUUAUCAGUACUACGGAGGCAUGACCAGAAUCGACCCGGUCACCCGAUUCGAAGUCAAACAGGACGAUGCGUUCGUAAACACUUACUCGACGUUGAAAGUCCUCUUCUGGGGCAUAUUUCGUAUGACAUCGUCGACUGCCGGCUCGGUGGUGAUUGAGACCGUGGAAAACGACGACGACGACGACGACUGCAGUAAUAAAGAGCUGGCCAACAAUCAUUAUUUUACCCAGGCCGUGGGCACGUUACUGUACACUAUGUUCGAAAUCGUCGCUCUUGUAAUCAUGGUGAACAUGCUGAGAGGCACCAUGACCAAUGCGUUCAACAGGUUCUCGGGAAACACGUACAUAGAAUGGGUUUUCGGCAGAACACAAGUGUUCUUAUCUUUUUCUGUGAACACCGAACUACCGCCACCGCUAAACCUCAUACCAUCGGUAUUUUGUAUCGUAGCAACGUUCCUAUGCCUGGUCAAACGUUUAAAGGCCGCACUGAUCGGUAUAGCCCACAUGAUAUCGUCCAAAAGGUUUCAAAUGACACCGUACACUAGUAAAGAUUUUACAUUCUUGAUGCGUAAACUCGUCCAACGGUAUUUUCGGGAUGAACUAUCCGCCACUCAUGUCAGAAGGCGCGAUCCUGUUUAG